AUGAGCCAAUACGUCAACGUGCCCAAGUCUGACCUGGACGAGGGACAGAUCCGUGAACUUGAGCAGUAUGAGAUUUCCCAGGGCCCACUUUCUGUGCUGCAGCAGUCUGUGCGCAAUCACUCGCAGGUGCUGAUCUCUUUGCGGAAUAACAAGAAGCUUCUCGCACGCGUCAAAGCAUUUGACCGCCACUCCAAUAUGGUACUGGAAAAUGUCAAGGAAAUGUGGACUGAAGUGCCUUUCGGACGUUUCAAGGUAGCGAGACAGCGAUGCAAUGAAUUGCACCUGCCAAGCAACGAUUCCAUUGGAUAUAACUAG